AUGACAACAAAAACGGAUUCAAAAGUAAAAAAUAAUCUUAAUAAUGGAAAGAAAAAUGAUUUAUCUACCGCUUUAGAUAUGAAUAAUGUUUUUUUAGAUGAAGAUGAAGAAGAUAAAGGAUUUUUAUAUGAACCAUCAAUAUUUGGUAAAAUAUUAAACUAUCUUUUAUGUAAUCCAAGUGCAAAUAUGCCACAAAGAGUUUCAGCUAAGCCAGUUUCUUUAUUUGGUCUUUUUCGUUAUGCUAGUAAAUUUGAUAUAAUAUUAUUAGUUAUUGGAUUUAUUACAACAAUUUUAUCUGGGUUAGCUCAACCUGUUUUAUCAAUUAUUUCUGGUAGAAUUACUAAUGCUCUUUUAUUGUAUCCUCCUACAAGUUGGACAUUUCGUAUUAAAGCAUAUGAAAAUGUAUAUAUCUUCUUAGGUAUUGGAGUUUUUACACUUUUUAUUAAUUUUGUUCAAUUUAUGGCAUUUUCAACUGUUUGUAAUAGAAUUGUAGCAAAAAUUCGUAAAGAAUAUCUCAAAAGUAUACUUCGACAAAAUGCAGGAUGGUUUGAUAGAACACAAGCUGGUAUAUUAACAACAAGAUUAAAUGAUAAUGUUGAUCGUAUACGUGAAGGUUUAGGUGACAAAUUAGGUUUACUUUUAAGAGGAGCAUGGAUGUAUAUUUCAGCAGUUGUUAUUGCUUUUUCAUAUGAAUGGAGAACAACUCUUAUGAUGUUAGGUGUAGCACCAGCAACAUGUAUUUGUAUGGCAUUAAUGUCUCAAUUAAUUGGAAAUUCAACAAUGAAUGAACUUAUGAAUGUUGGAAUGGCAGGAGCAGUUGCAGAAGAAACUAUUUUAGCAGUUAGAACUGUACAAUCAUUUAAUGGGCAAGAAGAAAGAAUAGAAAAAUAUAAAAAAGCAUUAUUAGGAGCUGUUAAAUAUAAUAUACUUAAUGGUUUAUGGAGUGGUUUAUUUGGUGGAUUAUUUUUUUUAAUUCUUAUUACUUAUUUAGGAUGUGGUAUGUGUUAUGGUGGUUAUCUUUUAAGUGUUGGAAUUUAUGGAACACCAGGUGAUGUUUUUAUUGUUGUUAUGUCUAUGCUUCUUGGUGCAUAUUUUCUUGGUUUAAUAUCUCCACAUUUAAUGGUUUUAUUAAAUGCUCGUGUUGCUGCAGCAGAUCUUUAUAAUACAAUUAAUAGAGUACCACCAAUUGAUUGUUAUAGUGAUAAAGGAAAAAUUUUAGAAAAUGUUAAAGGAAAAGUAGAAUUUAAAAAUGUUCAUUUUAGAUAUCCAACAAGAAAAGAACAAAAAAUUUUGCAUGGAAUUAAUUUUACUGUUAGUCCAGGACAAACUGUUGCAUUAGUUGGGCAUAGUGGAUGUGGUAAAUCAACAAGUGUUGGAUUACUUACACGUUUAUAUGAACCAGAAGAAGGAUCUGUAACAAUUGAUGGUGUUGAUGUACGUGAUUUAAAUAUUAAUUGGUUAAGAAAUAUUGUUGGUAUUGUACAACAAGAACCAAUUCUUUUUAGUGAUACUUUAGCUGAAAAUUUAAGAAUGGGUAAUUCUAAUAUUACACAUGAAGAAAUGAUUAAAGUAUGUAAAAUGGCUAAUGCUCAUGAAUUUAUUGAAAAUUUACCAAAUAAAUAUGAAACACUUAUUGGAGAGGGUGGUGUUCAAUUAUCUGGUGGACAAAAACAAAGAAUUGCUAUUGCUAGAACAUUAGCAAGAGAUCCAAAAAUAUUAUUACUUGAUGAAGCUACUAGUGCUUUAGAUACACAAUCAGAAUCAAUUGUACAAUCUGCAUUAAAUAAUGCUGCUAAAGGAAGAAGUACAAUUGUAAUUGCUCAUAGAUUAUCAACUAUUAAAACAGCUGAUAAAAUUAUUGUAUUUGAUAAAGGAAAUAUUAUUGAACAAGGAAGUCAUGAUGAAUUAGUAAAAUUAGAUGGAAAAUAUGCUCAAUUAGUAAAAGCACAACAAUUUACAAAUGAAGAAGAUAACGAUAAUAAAAGUAUAAAUGAUGAUAUAUCAUAUACUCAUAGAGCAGAACCUAUUACAUACAAUUAUAAAGAUUCUGAAAGAUCAAGUAUUUCAUCAUAUCGAUCAAGUAUUAGAAGUGGUAGAGAUGCAUUUAUACGUGCUGAUGAAAAUAAUCAAAGUUUUAGAAUACAAAAUUCUUUAAUAUUUGAUAUGGUUGCAACUGAUCCUCAAUAUGCUUUAAAUGCUAUUAAUGAACUUGAAGAACUUGAUGAUACACAAAAAGAUAAUUCAGCUAAUAUAUUAACAGUAUAUAAAAAUGCUGAUGGUUAUUAUGGUUUAUUAAUAAUUGGUUUAGGUAUUGCUAUUAUUCGUGGAAUGGAACUUCCUGCAUUAGGAUUAUUAUUUACACAUGUUUUUAGAUUAUUUCAAGGAAAUUAUGAUGGUUAUAUGGUUGGUCAAUUAGCAAUAACAAUUGCUUAUUUUGCAGCAGUUGGUUGUGGUACUUUUAUAUCACAAUUAUUAUCAUCUGUUAUAUAUGCAUAUACUUCAGGAUAUUUAACAUUAAAAUAUCGUGUUAUGGCAUUUAGUAAUAUUCUUUAUCAAGAUGCUAGUUUUUUUGAUAAAAAAGUAAAUUCACCAGGUGAAUUAAUUACUCGUUUAGCAGCUGAUGUACCAAACAUUCGUGCUGUACUUGAUGGUAGAAUGUUACAAAUUUUAUAUGGUAUUACAUCUAUAAUUACAUGUAUAAUUCUUUCAUAUAUAUAUUCAUGGCAAGUAUCAACACUUGGUACAGGUUUAAUUAUAAUUCUUGGUGCAUCACAAAUAAUACUUUCAUUACUUAUUCAAAAAAAGACAAGAGAGUUAAUGAUUCAUGAUGAAGCUGGUAAAAUUUCAAUUGAAGCAAUCGAAAAUGUUAAAACAGUUCAAUUAUUAACAAGAUCUGAACAUUUUUGUAAUAUAUAUAAUAAAGCUGUUGUUUUAAAGAAAGCUAAUGAAUUCCAACGUUCUAAAUUAGAAGCAAUAAAUUUUGCUUUAUCACAAUCAUUUCAAUAUUUUAUUCUUACUGUUGUUUAUGCAAUUGGUAUUCAUGUUAUAUAUUUAGGCCACAAAGCACCACAAGAUGUUUUUCAAGGUGUUAUAUUUAUGCUUCUUGGUUCUGUUGCUGUUAUGAAUGCUGCUUCAUAUUUUCCAGAAAUUGUAAAAGCAAAUACAUCUGCAAAAACAUUAUUUAAAAUUAUUAAUGCAAAACCAUUAACUGGUGAUCAUAUGGCUGGUGAGAAACAUGAAAUUAGAGGAAAUAUAAUGUUUGAUAACAUUAAAUUUACAUAUCCUGCAAGAAAAAAUCAAAUUGUUAUGGAUGGUUUACAUUUUAGUAUACAAAAAGGACAAACAGUUGCAUUAGUUGGUCCAUCUGGUUCUGGUAAAAGUACAACUAUUUCAAUGUUAGAACGUUUUUAUGAUCCAUCUAGUGGUGCUGUAAGAUUUGAUGGUAAAGAUCUUAAAACAUUAUCACUUUAUUAUUUGAGAACACAAAUGGCAUUAGUUGGACAGGAACCACGAUUAUUUUCUGGUACAAUAAAAGAAAAUAUUUGUUUUGGUUUAAAAAAUGUUUCACAAGAAAAAAUAGAUGAUGCAUUAGAAUUAUCUAAUUCUAAGAAUUUUAUUAGUUUAUUACCAGAUGGAAUUAAUACAGAAGUUGGUGAAAAAGGUUCAAAAUUAUCAGGAGGUCAAAAACAAAGAAUUGCUAUUGCAAGAGCACUUGUUCGUGAUCCAAAAAUUUUAUUACUUGAUGAAGCAACAUCAGCUCUUGAUUCUGAAUCUGAAAGAGCUGUUCAAGAUGCUUUAGAUAAAGCUAGAUUAAAUCGUACUUGUGUAACUAUUGCACAUAGAUUAUCAUCAAUUCAAAAUUCUGAUGUUAUUGUUUAUAUUGCUGAAGGACAAGUUAAAGAAUUUGGUACACAUAAUCAAUUGGUUGCUAAAAAAGGUUUAUAUUGGAAUCUUAUACAACAACAAAGUUUAUAA